AGAUGAUAAAGAUGAUGCUAUCAAUUGUGAAUAUUGCUGUAAAACUCCUGGUGAAACUACAAGGGUUGACAUUUCCACUGACUGCAAUUGUUGUGAAGGAUGUGUUAAAAACUCUAAUUGCAUAGAAUGGGCUUAUACGAAAAAUCUAUGUUUUCAUUUAGUCAAUAGAAAGCCUUUACUCGAUAUUUGCGAUUAUCCUACACUAAACAAAACACUUCCUGAAACUACGGAAGCAUCUGGAGUUAUUCGUUGCAGUGAUG